CCGGUUUUUUGCGCCUGUCUCCGCCUCUCCUUGUGCUCACACGCCCUUUUGUAGAAAGCUUGUCAGGCGCGGGGUCAUUGUAGUCGUCGCGCACAUCUCCCAGCUCUCCCUUCGCGUUCUCUCUCUCUUCCUCUGUGAUUUUUCUCCACGCCCUCAGGCGUUUAGCUCACAGCCGCGCCGAACGCGUAAAGAGGACUGCAGGUCCCGUUUGCGUGCUCACUGACGACGUAAACGCGUAAAAUAGACGGUCUUUGAGGCUUUUCUCAAACUUCAGCUUGCACCGCACGCGCACCCACCGACAAACACACCGUUUCUCACCAUGUCAGGCGAAGACGCGCCCGCGCAGCAGCAGAACGCCGAAGAGCAAAAACCGCAGCAGCAGCAACAGGAUGGCGAGUCCAAAUGCGAGUCUCCAAAAACCGAGAACAAACCGGAGGCAACGCCCGAAGAACCUGCCACCGCUGCUGCUGCUUCAGGCGAGGCGGCUGAGGCUGCGCCCGCCGACAAACCCGCCGAGGAGGACACGUUCAGCUACCGUGCGCUCGUGCUCACAGGCUACGGCGGUUACGACAAAGUGAAGCUGCAGGUGAAGAAAGGAAAGCCGGCGCUAAAGAACGGAGAAGUGAUGGUGCGCGUCAAGGCGUGCGGCCUCAACUUCGCCGACCUCAUGGCACGCCAGGGGCUCUACGACCGUCUCCCGUCUCCACCGGUGUCACCGGGAAUGGAGUGCUCGGGAAUCAUCGAGGCCAUCGGUGAAGAUGUGACGGACAGAAAAGUGGGUGAUAAGGUGCUGGUGCUGAACCGCUGUGGUCUGUGGCAGGAAGUGGCCGUGGUCCCCAGCUCGCACACCUUCCCCAUGCCUGAGGCCAUGAGCUUUGAGGAGGCGGCAGCUCUGCCAGUCAACUACAUCACUGCUUACAUGAUGCUGUUUGACUUCGGCCACCUGCGUCCCAAUCAGAGUGUGCUUGUCCACAUGGCUGCAGGAGGGGUGGGAAUUGCUGCUACUCAGCUCUGUAAGACUGUGAAGGAUGUCACCAUCUUUGGAACAGCCUCUGCCAGUAAGCAUGAGGUCAUCAGCGAAGGAGGAGUCACGCACCCCAUUGACUACCGCACGCGGGACUACGUAGAGGAGGUCCGCAAGAUCAACCCCAAAGGCGUGGACAUUGUCCUUGAUCCCCUGGGUGGUUCUGACACCCAUAAGGGCUACAACCUGCUGAAGCCAAUGGGCAAACUCAUCAGCUACGGUGCCGCUAAUAUGCUGGCUGGUCAGAAGAAGAACCUGUUUGCCGUGGCUAAAACCUGGUACCAGCAGUUCUCUGUUCACACCUUGAGUUUGUGCCAGAACAACCGCGCAGUCUGUGGCUUCCACCUUGGCUACCUGGAGGCAGAGCUCGUCACAGGCGUCAUGAAUGAUCUGCUGGGGCUGUACCUGCAGGGCAAGAUCAAACCCCGCAUUGAUUCCACCUACCACCUUGAGCAGGUUGGUGAUGCCAUGCGUAGGAUGCAGGAGCGGGGCAACAUCGGCAAAAUCAUUCUCACCACCGAGCCCAUGAAGGAGGAGCCCAAAAAGGAGGAGUCCAAGAAAGAUGAGAAGGAGGACAAGAAGAAGGAGGACAAGAAGAAGGAAGACAAAAAGAAGGAUGAGAAGAAAAAAGAUGAGGCCAAGAAAGAGGAAAAGAAGAAAGAAGAGCCCAAGAAGGUUGACGAGAAGAAGGCUGACGAGAAGAAGGCUGACGAGAAGAAGGCAGAGGAAAAGAAUGAAGAGGCCAAGAAAGAGGAGAAUUGAGUUAGGCAGAAGCUAGGCAGGAAAUAGGUGGCUGUGAAUUGUUUGUCUUGGGAGUAGGGUGUGUGUGUGUGUGUGUGUCUGUGUGUGUUGGGAAGUACAGUACAGUCCAGCUCUCGGCUCAACCCCAGGCAGUUACUCUGGCCUUAAAUCAUCAUCAUCCUGCACUAAAAUCUGUAACAGUUUAUCCAGCCUUAUGUAAGUUGAGAACUCAAGCUGCUCACUAAUUGUGUGCACGUACACAUGUAACAGGGAUGUACCACUCUAUUUUUGCCUCUCUAUUUUACUUAUGUUUUACCUUCCCUUCAUUCAUGCACUUUUGUGUGUUUACUAAUCUUUAACGGCAUGCCUUUUAAGGUCUGCUGGAUCAGUAUUACACUGCCAAAUCCAUUACUCCAUUACCAUUCUGCUCUUCAUCUUUUCAACUGCAUUACACUACUAUUUCAAGAAUUCUUUCUCUACUGUACCUUUUCAAAUUUGGCUUAAUUGUACUCAACAUUUUUUGGGUCUUAUGGGUAACUACCAGGGUUGAGUCCUGUUGCUAUGACUACAGUGUUUCAUAUGUGUCCUGUCUCCCUAUCCCAAACCCCUACUCAUCUCCCCAGUUGCAUCUGUUCUCCUUUUUGUGAUACUGUUGUUUUUUUUUAUUGGACCAGACUCUUUGAUGGAGAAGUCGAUCACUGAGCCCCACCCACAUCAUUCACCGAGGCACUAGGGACGAGUCAGUGUGGUUUGCUCAAAAAUUCAUAUGUAUCUAUUAAAGCUUGAGAAAACUCUCCUAAUUAUGAAUUCUUUAAAAACCUUAGAUGAAUCUUAUGAUCAAGCUGUUUUAUUUUAAUUGUCAUUCCAGGUUUGUAUAAAAAAAAAUGCAGGUAUUUGUGAGUCAAAGAAAGGAAAGAGGCUGUAAUGUAUUUCAUGGCAAAUGUUAGACACAAACAUAAGAACGUGCCAUUAUUAGGCUUUAUAUGGUUUUAUAUUCUGACAAAGACGCUGCGGUUUUGGCUGUUGUGGCUUCCUCGUGUUUACAGUCACAAUCUCUAUCAAACUGUACACAAAUGAAAUCCUUAAUCUGUCCUCAAACAUGCUGCCUGCAAGGAUCUUAAUGAACUCUGCUACAUAGCAGCUGUAUGAAAUGUCUCCCUCUACACAGGUAUGCAGACGUACACACAUUCCCAGAUUAUCGUAUUAAAGUAGAGUUGCUGAAACACUGAGUUUGAGAGAAACCUGGAAUGCUGUUUUAUUCCAGAGCCUUCUCCUGGAUUCCACAUUAUCUGGAGCAUUCCACUCCAAUCCUUAUGACCGCUGGCCUGUUUCCAGAGUAAUCACUGUUUUUCUGAUUCUCUGCCUUUCCUUUCUCUGUCUCUUUCUAUCUCACUCGCUUGCAUUUUUCACCAUCACUAGUUGUCAUAGCAACAGGCAGUUGGCCAGCAAGUGAUGACAUGUUUGCCCCCACCCACCAAUUCUAAUCACUCCCUCAUUUAUAUACCCGCUUUUUUCCCUCCAGCUUUUGUUCAAUUAAAUAUUGUUCAAAAAUCUCUUUAUAUGCUGAUUUGACAUCCAUUCAUGCUGCUAUGUCGCAGGGUGUAACCUGGCAACCUUCCAACUGUGAAAGCCAUCACUCAAGCCCACUGACUCCUCCUUCCAGUAAAUUUAGGUAUCUGUAGUGCUCUUCUGCCUCUUGUGGUGAAAUAGAUGCAUUACAGCAAUGUUAUUUCUGUCCCUCUGUCACCGGGUCUGGUUUUUGUUUGUUUGGUGUGUGAACUGCAGUGUUUGUGUACAGAUGUGGUUGAAAGGUUGUGUGGAUGUAUGUCUCUGUCCUCAGGUCAGCUGUCAGAUGAAAAUGUGGUUUGUGUUUUCUUUUCUUUUUUUUGUUGUUUUUUUUCUGUCUCUACCUCCCUUAUGCUAUGAGCUAGCCUCCCCUUGCGGUUUUAACUCUAACAAACAUAACUUGUAAGCACCCUCCUCUCUUGUAAAUGGCCUGUGUUUGGUAUUAUUUGCACUCUGCUUGUGAAUCUUGAUGCACUUCUAGAGAUGGCAGUCCCAUUCCCAGCCCCACUGUUCCUCAGGAGUCCUCUCCAGUACUUCUUGAUGUUGGUAUACACACUCUGCUCUCUUGCAUACACAUCUGCAUGUACUUAUUUUGUCUGAUACAAACACACCAGUCACAAAUAGUUAGAAAUAAAUCAACAGAAAUUCAUCUCAACCAGUUUGUUUAAUCACUGAAAGCUUGUCCAUACAUCCAUGGAGGAGGUUACCCAGAAUACACUGGGAAGGGGGUGGCACUGCCAUCCUUACCCUAAAGAGUGACAGUGUUCUGACAAAAGGCCGGCAACUGGAUUCUGAUGUGAAUUCUGUUUCGGGAUCUUUCUAGUUAAUGUUUUGUGUGGUGUUUUUUUUUUGUUUGUUUGUUUUGUUUUGUUUUGUGUUUUUUGUUUGGUUUAUCUCUGGUUUUCCCCCAUUGUUCUUGUGAAAAGUGCUUCAGUUCCAAAGCACCACAUGACCCAUGACUAACACUCCAACGAAGGGUGUCCAACCUCAUUCUCAUUUCCGUUCUUUUGUUUUUGUUUUUUUGCAUUUUGUUUUCUGUUGUUGCUGUAUAGUCCAACUAUUCAUUUUGAGUGGUUCUAAGUUGAAGAGGCUUUGCUGCACUUUUGUUCAAAUGUGAGGAAUGACGUUGUGUUGAUCCUGAAUAAGUGUGCCAAACUGUGCUUGAGGCUCUUGCCUUUACUCCAGCUAUCCUUACUACACCGAGCGACAAAAGAGAAGGAACGACGAAAAACGUUGCCAGUCACUUUUAACCCGACUGGCAAUUUAAAAGAGAGAGAAAUCUCAAACUGAUGUCGUACCUGUCGUGUGUGGUUGAUCGCAUCGCAGAAAUUUACUGGUGCUUAAGAACUCCUGGCUUUUUCGCUAAUCCAUGCAAACGCUGUUUAGGUCUCACUGUGCCGACCGCUAACAAACACUGGGAUACCUCCGCGCACACACACGCACACACUUAUUGCCCUCUCUGGCACACCAGCCAGCUCUGCUCAGAUGGGCUGAUCUGUCCGUUAAUGCUAAAAAUGUUAGUGUUUACAACUCAAAAGAUCAGGAAGUGCAGAACUGGAGAUAAGACUUAACAUGUUAAGAUCAAGCAGAAAAUGCUAGUCCAACUGAUGUGUGUGUGGGGGAAAUAGCAGUGUAAUAUUUUUUUGUUUGUUUGUUUAUACAUACAAGUGCACUGUUUGGACUGGAUUGUAGUAGACCCCAAGUUCAGACCAGAUCUUCCGUCUCAUUCUUUAAGCAGCAAUUUUCUGGUUCUCAAAAAUCUCAGCUAUUCUGCAGUUCACUUAGAAGCUCAGUCCCAGCAGUAUUUACAUCUGCUUUAUGACUGCAUGCAUUUCCUGGUAUAAGGUUUUUACAUUAGCACGCAGUUCACAUUUUAGCACGUGUCCCAAGAUGAGCUUAGCUGCAGGUGUGCAUGUCUCUGGUGGAUAUGGAGUUUAGCUGUGUGAGCGGCCGAGGUUCAGAUGGAGCUGCACUGCUUCCUCUCACUAUUUCACAACCACUGUAACUUUCCCAGAACAGGAAUCUCUCUUCAAGACCCUGUUCAGCUUUUCAGAACAGCGUUCGAGUGUGCAAGUCGUUUUUUUUAUUCCUAUUUAAACUGCAAACUGACAAAUCGAUAAGCGUAUAUUUAGCAUUUUUGGAUCAGAGUAGAUGUGCUGGUUGACAGGGUACUUACCAAAUGAUAAAUUUAGGAUUUGGUCUUAUAAAUCGUACGACUUUUUUCCACCUUAGAUGUGGUGCUUAUUAUUACAGCGAUAUAUUUGUAAGAACCAAGAUUUCUAUCUAGAUUCGUUAGGCAUUUGUAUAUCAGGACCCCAAAGAUUACCAUGCCCUGACUCACCACUGCAGUUGCUAAAUAGCGUCAAACAACAAUCGCUCUCCUCUCGAGCUGCAUUUGUCUUAAUAACCCUUUCUUCCACACACGUCAGAGAUGCGACAGGCUGUCUUCUUUGUUUUUCUCCGACUCCCUCCAUCAGUGUUCUCUCCAAUGUAUUUGAGACCCUGUGAAGGGCCGCUGCUUCUGUGCUUGACUCUGGGUUGGAUCACGUGUGACUCACACAAAAGUGGUCAAGAGGACCGUAGAGCUCGUUUAACGCUUCUGUGUGUGAUGUUACCAUUAUGCCUUACAUGUUUUCCAGGACUAAUAAAAGAGCAUAACAAAAAAAAAAA